AUGUCGCGUGCAGUAACUUUAAAUCAAACACAAAUUCACGAAGAGAUCGAGACUGCGUCUGAAACUAUCAAAAAUUGCCUUUCCGAAUACCAUUCCUCUCCACAGCAACAGCAGUCUCAAAGUCGAACAACGUAUCCAUCAAAUGUUUCGUUGGUAAAAAAGUCUGACGACUGUGGUGACUACAAUAAUACGCAAAAAGGCGAGGCCGCAGUAACUGAGGAAAAAGGUUUUGAGAACAGCGAAGCUGAUGUUGAGCCAAGUUCAAUAACCACCAGGAAGAAACCUUUGGAACAGGCUGUUAUUGAUGUCUAUCUUCAGAGGAAUAAGCAUAAGCUUUACCCUUGCCGAAAAUGUAGAAUACAGUUUCCAUCUCGAGAAUAUCUCAGUCGACACACAGUUUAUCAUACUGAGAACGAAACAUUGAUAUAUAAAUGCCGUUAUUGCCCUCAGAAAUAUGCUUCUGAAAGGGCAUUAAAUAGUCAUUUAGAAGUUCAUUCCACAGAUUCUAACUUUAUUUGUAGACGAUGUAGUGCGCCGUUCAGGUCUAUGCUGGCAUUAAGACGUCACAAAGACCGUUGUCGAGAGUGCAUGAGCCCUCCAGUCGGGAUUUCUGUUGAUUAUAGAUUGUUGCCACCUGCUUCAAGUGUGUAUGAUGAAUAUGCGUUUAUCGAUGCUGAAGAAGCAGUUACACACCUUCAUUUGUCAACCUUGGACGAAGACGUUAUGGCUGCAAAGGGACCAGAUUCUGGGCUUGGUUCAGAAGGAUCUAAUCAUUCAUAUACUACUAGUCCAGCCCGGUCUUCGGUGCAUCUUGAAGACGAUGAAGGUUUCGAAGCAGAUGGAAAGCGUAAUGUACCUGCCUUACCAAAGUUACGCUUUACCUUACCUCCAAAAAUAUCGCAGGAAAAAAAGAAGAAAGAUGACGACGAAGAGCCUGGUUAUCGUAGCCGUUUUAGUUCUAUUACUCAGUCAGGCUCUUCAAGCGGAGUUUCUAAUAAUUCUCCUGAUGGUGGAAGCCCAGCUCGGCGUAUGUCAGUGGUCGAAAUUCAUGACAAAAAUUUGAACAGUUACGGUCACUACAACAGUUUUAUGGGUUCCAAUCAUGGUCCAAUUUCAUCAAGUACUCAUACAUAUGCUAGCGACAGUGCUGUUGGGCAGUCAAUUGGUUUAGGUUAUUCUGACGUACGAGUCAGUUCGCUUGGUACAGCUGAUCGAAUAUCAACAACUACGGACGUGCUGCUGUUACGAGUAGUAUCCUUUGCUCCACCUGCAGUUAAAGCAAAAUCGGACACAUUAGUUGUUACCGAAGUUUUGAAUACAGCGUUACAACGAAUUUGUGAUGAAAGUAUUGUGAACACCAAUUUUUGCGCUCUUAAAUGGCUGUUGUACAGAAGAGCUGCUGUUCACUGGAUGACAUUUGGAACGUUAACGUUAUUCAUUCGUCUUAUGGCAUUUUUGCUCUCAGAAGUGCAUGUUGUUGAAAGCGGCUGUUGCAGUAGAGAUGGAAGUGCUGAAGCUGUUGCUGUAGCAUAUAAAAGGGCCAUUAGUUGGUCGAUGUUGUACAGCAUCGAAGUCUCCUAUUUGCGGUUUGGUUCCUCUGAUCUUAUUCUAAAUAUUGCAGCUGGUUAA